AUGUAUGUAACUUUCUCCAAACUGAUAGGGUUCAUUGUUGUGACUCACCUUGUCAGCCCCUGCACAAGUUUGAAGAGAAGCACCCGCAGAGGGGAAGCGCCCCUUUGCUUCAUCCCCCGGAGUGGUUCCUUUUGCCAAAGGAAUGCGCUGCGUAGGGGGAGGAGUUGUGGGAGCAGCAAGGGAGGAGGCUUCGCGGUGAGUAACUUCAAUACGGCUGACACCGCCACUACCGCUAACGCCGCCAAUGCCGCUACCGCGGCUACCGCGGCCACCGCGCUGCCCUCCCCGCGGGGGGAGUACCUUGCGAGGGUGCUGGGCGAGGGAGACACGAUCUACGCGCUGAGCUCGGGCGGGGGCGUGAGCGCGAUAGCGGUGGUGCGCAUGUCGGGCCCCCUGAGCAGGGUCGUGCUGGAGGUGCUGCUGCACGGGGGGGUUAGCGGCGAGGCGAGCAGUGAGAGGGGUGGCGAAACGGGCAGUCAUAAGGGUAGCGGCGCGAAAAGUAAUCGGGGUGGCGAGGCGAAACGUAAACGGGACAACCAACCAAAUGGUGAGCCCCCCCCGGACGGCCGCGCCAUGAAGAGAAAGACGGAGUACACCCUGGAGGAGGUGAUGCAACUGAGGAGGGACCUCGAAGAAAGGAAGAUGUGCUCCGGAGGAAUCUACAAUAACUGCCACGAACAGAUCGACCAGGUAGUCUACUCAUUUUUUAAAAGUCCCAAAUCGUAUACAGGAGAGGAUGUCGUUGAGAUCUACUGCCAUGGAUCUCCCCUAAUUGUGAACGAAAUUAUGGAGGAGAUAGAAAAGUUAAAUAGCCUUUUCGCCAAUAUAUUAAAAAGUGAAAAGGAGAAGUACUUCUUAAGCCAAAUUGGUAAAAAUGACAAUUUCACCUGCACAUGUUCAGAAGAAAUUUGGAACAAAUUAGUAAACACAAGAAAUGAUGCCUUUUUUAGCAAAAUAAGGCCAAGCAGGAGGGGGGAAUUCACCAGAAGGGCCUUCCAAAAUGGGAAGAUGAAUUUGCUUCAAGUGGAGGGGCUGAAGGAGUUACUUUGGUGCUCGAAGAAGGAGCAAAAAAAAAUUGCAUUAAAUUAUUUAAAUGGAAAAGCAAAGAAAAUAUACGCAACGCUGCGAAACGAUAUGAAGAAGCUGCUGCUGUACACACAGGUGAAAAUUGAUCUGGAGGAUGAGCACUUGUCAUCCGAUGAGGAGAGAAGCUCCAUCAAUCGAUUUAUCCAGCGCCACCUGAGCAACGCAAUAGGAAGCAUUAGAAAAAUAUUAAGGCAGCCAAAUGUAGAAGAUUUAAGUACCCCCCUGGAUGUCCUCCUCUUCGGGCAAGUCAAUUCUGGAAAGAGCACCCUCAUGAAUCGCAUCUGUCGUAGUGACGUCUCCAUCGUGACGAGGAUUCAGGGCAGCACCAUAGACGUCGUGCAGAAGGGGGUGACCGUUGAGGGGCGGCCAUACAAUUUCUGCGAUUCAGCAGGGGUUAGCGCGAGGGUCCUCAGGGAGGAGCAGCUCCUACGUAGGGAUGACUCUAAAGGGGGCUCCCCCACUGGAGAGAGCAACCCGCAUAGGGCACUCGAACGCAUGGGGGUGAAGAAACCCCUCAAGCACCUUCCACAUAGGGCACUCGAACGCAUGGGGGUAAGGAAAACCCUCAAGCACCUUCUUAAAAGUGCCUGCGUGCUGAUCGUCCUCAACGUGAGGAAGUACGCAGACGAGUUGAAGCUUGCCCUUUCCAUUUUGAGCAGCCAAUUGGGGGAGAGGGAAUCCUCCGGGGGAGAGAAGACAACCCCCUUGCCCCAACUCAUCAUCUGCGUGAAUAAGUGCGACUUAGCCAUUCGUGAGAGCCGCACAGAGGUGAGGAGGAACAUUAAGGAGAUUCUAAAGAGGAAGUUGAAGACUCAUCGGUUGCGAAGGAUCCACCGAAACGUCUGGCGGACCAUUUUUUUCGUUUCCUCCAAGGAGGGGCGCAACGUGGGCGCGCUGUUGCGGGGCCUCAACGAGGCGAUGCGGUGUGGCGCGGUUAGCGGCGGGAAAAGCGGCGCGGUUAACGGGGUUGGCGGGGGAGACCGCCCCCCCGCGUUCCUCCCGUUCGAGAGGCACAAGACCCACCUGCGGCGGGCACUGAAGCACCUGCUCUUUAUAAAGCGGCACCGCCACCUCCUAACGUUUGACAUCAUCGCGGAGGAGCUACGGCUGGCGGUUGCGGCCCUCAACGCCAUCAUUGGCGGGUUCAGCCAGGCGCGAAUACUCAACGAGAUUCUGGAGACCUUCUGCGUGGGCAAGUAG